AUGCGCUUUACGCGUAAGAACUCAAGUCAAACCCUCGGCACUUCCGCUCUCUCUUCUACGGCUCUGGCUGUGCGCGAAGAUUCAACGGGAAGGAGCCGUCCACAAGUCCGAAAGAACUCGAGUUCAUCUUUCCGACCGGACGCGCGCUUAGGCGAGCCUACACACUUGCCGGCCACCUUGGAGCCUGCACUUCGAUAUCCGGUCAGCUUCCUCCAUGUCGUGUCAACGGGUUACACAAGUACCGAAGACCGAUCUUUCAGUGACGAAGUCCAGGCCCUCAAGCGCGCAGUCGCCCACAACAGCUUGAUCUCCCUGACUACGUGUGAGGGGGAUAUUGACGAUCUUGAAGAGGAGUACUGUACCACCGGCGUACCGCGGUCCUGCUUACUCCUGCUCACUUCGACCCGCACAACCUCGCAUACUACUUGCCUCGACGUUGCUCAGGAGUUCCUGGACAGUGCUUGGGCUGACUUCUGA